UUUCAGCCUUGUCGGAGAAAGUAAUGCAAGUGAUUUCUGGACGAUAUGUUGCGAGAUGUAUCGUUUCAUUACCAAAACGAUGGUCAAGUGAUAGUUUGGUUGUACAUCGCGACAGCGAAAUUAACAACUGCAAGACACCUUUUAAGUUCACACCAGAAAAUAUGAAGCGUAUAGAAGUGAUGGUUUCAAAAUAUCCACCAGAAUAUAAGAAAAUUAAAGUAAGGCGAAAGCAUGCUUUUCACGCUAGUGCGAUUGUUUGAUGUUUGGGGAUUGUUAUAUUGUGGUGCACUUAUUCCCAUGUUAGAUUUGGCACAGCGGCAACAUGGAUGGUUACCGAUUUCGGCGAUGCAUGAAGUUGCUCGUAUUUUGGGAAUUGCACGAAUGCGAGUGUACGAAGUGGCAACUUUUUAUUCAAUGUUUAAUCGAAAACCAAUGGGGAAGAAUUUUGUGCAAGUGUGUGGGACAACUCCAUGUAUGCUUCGAGGUGCUGAAUCGAUUAUGGAAGCUAUUACUAAAAAACUUGGUAUCAAAGUUGGUGAGACAACAAGUGAUGGUUUAUUCACAUUGGCCGAAGUGGAAUGUCUUGGUGCAUGUGUUAAUGCACCUAUGGUUCAGAUCAAUGACGAUUAUUAUGAAGAUUUGACACCGAAGGAUAUCAGCGAUAUCUUGGAUGAAUUUAAAGCAGGUAAACGGCCAAAACCUGGUCCACGAAGUGGUCGUACAGCUGCAGAGCCAAUCAGUGGCCUAACGACGCUUACAACACCACCAAAACCUCCAGGUUUUGGUUUUCAACCAGGGAUUUGAAUAUUUGCAAAUAGUCAUUCUGUUACUGAUUGAUGUAUAUGUGAUAUUCCACAGUGCAUGGGAAGUUAAAAUUUAAUUUCAUCUAUAGGCAGGUCUUAAAUCUUUAGAUAUUGCAGCAAACACUGUUUAUCGGUUAAAAACGUAGUUGAUCUGUGUUUUCUUACUGUAACACGAAUCAUA